AUGCGAAGUGGAACACAUCUUAUGCGCGUCGUUGUCAAGUCAAGUGACGAGUAUAUCAGAAAAUGUGGCAAAUCUGACUAUAGUGAAACAAGAGAGUACACAGUCAACAUUAUCCCAAAGGCAACGUAUAGUGGUGCAACGUAUAAUGAUGGAGCGUAUCCUAGUGCAGUGCAUAGUGAUGCAGCGUAUCCUAGUGCAGUGCAUAAUGAUGCAGCGUAUCCUAGUGCAGCACAUAAUGAUGCAGCGUAUAAUGGUGAAGUCUUUAAUGAUGCAGCGUAUCCAAGUGCGGUGCACAAUGAUGCAGCGUAUCCAAGUGCAGUGCACAAUGAUGUAGCGUAUCCAAGUGCAGUGCACAAUGAUGCAGCUUAUCCUGGUGCAGUGCAUAAUGAUGCAGCGUAUAAUGGAGGUAACACACUUUUCUAA